AAGAGGCAUCAUGGAUUCAAGCGUAGAAUAUGAAACUCAUUAUGAAUUUUUGGAUUCAGAAACUUGCAUAGCUUGUGUAUUCUUGGUAACAGUUGAAGUGAUAAUCUUCAUCCUGGGUUUUGCUGGAAAUGCUGUGGUGAUCUGGAUCGCUGGGUUUAAGAUGAAGAAGUCAGUCACCAGCACCUGGUACCUGAGUCUGGCUGUGUCUAACUUCCUGUUCUGCUGCACCCUGCCCUUCAAUGUUGUCUACACAAUCAAAGAUGUCUGGAUCUUCGGACCCUUCCUGUGCAAGUUUAUUCCAUUCAUAGUGUCGCUCAACAUGUUCAGCAGCAUCUUCCUCCUCGUCAUCAUCAGUGUGGAUCAGUGUGUGCUUGUGAUGUUUCCAGUGUGGGCACAGAACCAGCGCAGCAUCAGAAAGGCCUCUGUGAUCGUCACGCUGAUCUGGAUCAUCUCAGCAGUGCUCAGCACACCAUCACUCAUCUUCCAUCAUAUCCACACUUCUGACAGCGAGGGGAGACAGUUCUGUUUGGUUAAUUACGUACAUGAUCAAGAUCAAACUGCUGUAGUGGCGUGUCGGUUUGUGUUUGGAUUUCUGAUCCCGUUCCUGAUCAUCAUCAUCUGUUACAUCAUGAAGAUCAACCAAUCUGUGAGGUUUAAAAAGCCCUUCAAGAUCAUGACGGCGCUGACUGUAACUUACUUCAUCUGCUGGCUGCCGUUUCACACUUAUGCUUUCAUGGAAAUAAACUUGACAAAAUAUGAAGAUAAUACUCUUACAGCUACAUACAUACUUGGUUACACUCUUGCCAGUGCUUACAGCUGUCUGUACCUGUUUCUUUUCGCGAUCAUGGGGAGGGAUGUUGAAAUAAAGUGGUACAGGUUUCUGUCCAAGAUUGAAAAUGCACUUGUGGAAGAGAAUGAGGACCAAAACUCAGUCUGAGGGAAAAGUCUUUAAGGGAGGUUUUGAUAAAAGUCCCUCUGAAUUUGUCUUUAUUAUGCAUUUUAAACAAACCCAAGAACGAUAUUAAAAAAAUCAGCUGCAGUCUGAAGUUAAGAGUAAUAGGAAACUAUAGCUGCGUUUUAUGGCCACCAAUAAAACAGUUGACUACAAGAUUAAAAUCAUAAUAUUACAAAAUUGAAGUUGUAAUUUUUUGAAGGAAAUUUAAGAAGCUUGAAGGGAUUGGAGUGUUUUCCGCUCAUGAUCUGUUACAGGGCUGCUGUGAUUACAAUCAGUUGGCUACAUUUACAACCUGCUGAUUAUUGAUGCUUUAUUGUUAUCGGCUGCUUUACUUUAGUUAUUAUCAAAUGAUUAUAAAUACAGUACAAUUCCAGUCACGAAUAAAGGAAAUAAACCUUUUACUGAUGCAGAAUGACUUUGUUAUAUAAAUCAUACCCAGAUCAAACAUACUGUGAAGUAUGAUAUGCGCUCUAACUUUGACAUGCACAUCAUGCUUUACAGUAUGUUGGUCUUGAUAUGGUUUAUAAAAAACAAGCAGUCGUCUUACAUUAGUAAAAUAUAAUUUUUUCUUUAUUCUUGACUGGAGCUUACAUCCUUUGAUCACGUCUCGUGGCUGAGGAGGCGAAGAUUAUGCUACCGGUAGCAGCGCCAUCACUGCAAAAUCUGGACACUGUAUUAUCUAACUGUAACAAUAGAGCAUUAAUAAGCAGAAGGUUAUAAAUCUAACUAACUAAUGAUAAUCACAGCAGCCCUGUAAGAGAGACGUGUGCAGAUGUGAUGGGAUCAGUAUAAACCAAUAGGAAGGUUUAUGUUAGGUUUACAGUUUAUGUUUAUUCUUCUCUACAUCCCAGUCUCUCAGGAUAUCACAGUGUCUCUCAGACAUAUCCACAUGGAUGAAGAAGCAUCACCUUCAACUAAAUCUCUCAAAGACUGAACUUCUGGUCAUACCAGCAAAACCAUCUUUUCAACACAACCUUUCUAUAACCAUCGACUCUCUCUCUCUCUCUCUCUCUCUCUCUCACCGACAAAGGUUGCUAUAGGAACCUGGGUGUUCUGGUUGAUGACCAGCUCUCCUUCACGCACCAUGUGGCCUCAGUUGCUCGAUCCUGCCGCUUCGGGCUUUAUAACAUCAGAAAAAUUCAACCGUUUCUGACGCAACAGGCCACCCAACUCCUGGUACAAGCAGUGAUUCAUCACAUGUUUUUUACCUUCUGUUACUUUUGUACUUCACUAUUGUAAGUCGCUUUGGACAAAAGCGUCUGCCAAAUGUAAUGGAAUGGAAUGUAAUGUAAUCCAAUCACAAUUAGAUUCACUCUAUCUGGAUGAAGAGAUUUAUCUGGAUAGGGGUUUUAUUGAACAAAAUUAAAACAAGCUGAUAUGAAAGAGUAAUGAGGUUGUUUUUAAAAUGUAAGGAGUAGAAAGUUCAGAUAAUUGUUUAAAAAUGUAAGGAGUAGAAGUAAAAAGGGGCCUGAAAAUUAAUAACUCCAAUAAAGUAUAGAUAACCAACAAUUCUACUUACGUAAGGUAGCCAUUUUAAAUUGGCACUGAGUAAAUGAAGAUGUCUGUAUUGUAUGUAUGUUUGAUUCUGAAUGAGCAUGUACAAAACAAUACUGUACAUUAUAAUUUCGCAAUGAAAAUAAUUCUUAUAAAUUUAGAA